AUGCAGCGCGCAGCGUGGGGCACGGGCCUCGGGCGGCUCCGCGAGGCCGCCACGGUGGAGCAGUGCUACCCGAACACCCCCCAUGCUGAUGUGUUCCAGACUGACUCAGGGGGGGGGUGGGGCACGGGCGCAGGCCACGCGCCGCGCCGGCGGCGGCUCGCGGUGGACCACGCGGGGGUGCCUGUGGUCUGCGCGAGGUUCGACGACGCGGGGGAGCUGCUCGUGUCGUGCGGGGCCCGGGGGCGCAUUGCGGUGCAUGACGCGCUGACGCUGCGCUACAGGGCGUGGCGGGAGCGGUCGGCGGGCGCGAUGGUGCAAGUCGACCCCGUCGUGCACAUCGAGACAGGACGGCCGCUGGCCGCGGCGUGCUGGAACCCGGCCAACCAGGCCAUGAUCGCGGCAGUUGGGAAAUCGUGUUCCGCGGUGGACUUGUACGACCUCGAAGUCUGCGACCACGACCCGACGCUGCGGCUUGCGCCGCCGUCCACGGGCGCCGCCGCCGCCGCCUUCGCGGCGUCGGGUCUCUCCGCAGUCGCCAUGUUCGACAUGCACGCAGCAUCAAAAAUAGCCUCCCCGGCGACGGCGCCGCUCUGCGCGGCGGCCGGGGCUGCCGGCGCGGUGCUCGUGUGGGACGUGCGCGCGCCGGCGAGGCCGGCGAUGAUCGCACGCGGCUCCGCGGCGGGCUGGGGCGUCGAUCCAAUCACAAGCAUCGCGGUCGACCCUGCGCGGCACACGCUCGCCGCGGGGACGCUCGCGGGCCGCGUGCCGGUGUGGGACCUCCGCAAGACGUCCUCCGGUUCCGCGUUCGGCGCCCAGUCGGCUCCGAGGCGCCCAGACACCCUGAAAGUGCUACACGCCGCUGCGGUGCUGGCGGCCGUGCCUGGGCUCGCGGAGCAGGCGCAGAUCGACGAGGCGGCCGUCCACGACAUCGCGGUGCAUCCGUGCGCGCCGGGGGUGCUGCUGUUCCAUCUUGAGACGGGCUGGACGGCUGCGGUGGAUGUCGACACCGGGCGGCCCGUCGCGGCGCAUUGCCCGCCGAUUCCGUGGCGGGUGGACGCGGAGGCCGACGCUGCGACGGAGCUCAAGACCGGCGUGGUUCGGGAGGACCCGCGCACGUCGUGCCCCGCGUGGUGGCGCGCAGGCCCCCGGCGCAUCGGGGCCGCCGUGCUGCCCGGCGCAGGCCCCGUCGUCGCCGUCGGCUCCGCGGACGGCCGUGCUGUCAACGUCGUCAACGUCGACCGCCACCCGCGCGCCCACGCCGUGGUGCCAGAGGCGGACACGGCGCCUGGCGGCGCGGGCCUCGGGCAGGACAUGCAGGGGCAGCAUCGGGACGGCGUGCAGGGCCGCGGGAGGGGCCACCGGUGGGGUCCCGUGCGGGUGCGCGUGUCGACGCCAGCGACGUGCGCUGCGGUGCACCCGCGGACGGGGGAGGUGGCCGUGGGGACGCUGGGCGGGGGGCUGGCGUGGAUGUGGCACGGGGGCGGCGAGCCGGCGGACGGCGCGGAGGUAUUCGAGCUGUGA